AUGGUUUUCUUUUGCCUUCCUUUGCUCAGACAUAUCGGCUGCUGCAAUUAUACAAUGCCUCUGCUCACUGUUCACCAUCUUUGGAGCCCCUGCCUAUAUACAUUCGGACCGAGGGGCUUCUUUUUUUAUGUCAGAGCAGCUUCGGCAAUUUCUACAGGAACGAGGAGAAGCUAUAAGCGGACAACUCCCUACAACCCUAAGGCGACGGAGUUCAAGGGAGCUUCACUUCCAUCUUGGCUCUCUCGACCCGGUACUGUGUUUCUGAGACGACAUGCACGUUACACCAAGAACGAUCCCUUGGUGGACGAGGUAGAACUUAUAGAGGCGAACCCUCAGGACCUAGCACCGGCCGGAGACGUACCCAGAUCGUGGAUAGCCCCUGAGGACAGACCAACUACCCCUGACACUGAAGCCCCUCCGGAAGAUCAUGGCACUGAAAUUGUUCCUGACACGCCGUCUGACGACACUCUGAGAAGGAAACAUUUCGGAGCAAGGUAUUUUAGAGCCCACAGACAGGCUCACACUGAAGAGCCUCCCUGUUCAAGCUAUCUAUCUAUCUAUCUAUCUAUCUAUCUAUCUAUCUAUCAGUGUCUAUCUAUCUAUCUAUCUAUCUAUCUAUCUAUCUAUCUAUCUAUCUAUCUAUCUAUCUAUCUAUCUGUCUAUCUAUCUAUCUAA